AUGAUUGCAAGUCAAUACAAAAGGGGUUCCCUCGUUAACAGUCAGCCAGACGCGAAGAAGAAACAGAGCGUGGCCAUGAAGCAGAUUAUCAUCUUUGGGCUUCUACUCGUGCCCGUGUUGACGUACGGGAUGAAGUGCUAUGAUGACCACGAGCUGCAGGCUGCAGCCUGGAGGAAGUUGAAUUCCCACUACCCGAAGCUCGUGGAGCCCCGGGUCGCCGCGGCCCCUGACUCACCUGUCUCUUGCCCCGUGGAGUAUUUCCCUCAGCACUUCCACGAGAGGUCCCUGUCUCCCUGGAGAUACGAACUGGUACCAAAGAAGGAUCACUUCCCUUCCACCUAUGCCGAGGCUAGGUGCCUGUGUCUAGGAUGUAUCCUGAUCCAAAACAAGAGCCAGCCGAUGGAGAGCCACGACUACAACUCAUCCCCCGUGAUCCAGAAAAAGGUGUUUCUCAAAAAGGAGCCCUGCAGAGAUGGGAAGAAAUACUAUUUGAAGCGCGUUACUGUUGAUGUAGCUGUGGGCUGUACCUGCCUCCGAGCCAAAAUCACCCCCCAGUAGGGGUCCAAUCCAGACCGGCUUUCACACUGACACACUACAAUUCACGUUGUGUUUGUUUUAAAAUGCAUCAAGUUCUUUAGAAAGUCUAACUCAGCGGGUUACAGGUCCUACAUAGGGAACAAUGGUCCAGCAUGCUCUCUG